CCAAAUUCCUUUAUGAGUGAGUUAAAUUUCGAUCUAUUCGUGCAGGGGAAAAAGGAAAAUCUUCUGCAAAAGUUAUUAUUAUUAUUAUUGCAGUCUCUGUAGUGUCAGUCGUCACUGCGAUGCUACUCUUCGUUUUAUGCUUCUAUUUCUUAAAAAUGAAAAGAGCAACGAAGUCCCAAUCUGUUGUAAAAGAGACUACUUCUGCCAUGACUGAAAUUCCAACAGUAGAGUCGGUACAAUAUGAUUUUAGUACUAUUAAAUCUAUCACAAAUUGCUUCUCCCCUGCAAAUAAGAUUGGUGAAGGUGGAUAUGGUGUUGUUUACAAGGGAAGGCUUCCCAACGGGCAAGAGGUAGCAGUUAAGAGGUUGUCCAGGACUUCAACGCAGGGAGCUGUAGAAUUCAAGAAUGAGGUUGCUUUGGUUGCCAAGCUUCUGCAUCGAAAUUUAGUAAAGCUGUUGGGGUUUUGCUUGGAGGGAGAAGAAAAGAUACUCAUUUAUGAAUUUGUUCCCAACAAAAGUCUUGACUAUUUUUUAUUUGAUCCAUCGAAGAAGCAGCUAUUGAAUUGGUUUACUCGUUUCAAGAUUAUAUUAGGAAUAGCCCGUGGACUCCUUUAUCUUCAUGAAGAUUCACUUCUCAAAAUUAUACAUCGUGAUUUGAAAGCUAGUAAUGUGUUAUUAGAUGAAGAUAUGAACUCAAAAAUAUCAGAUUUUGGUUUGGCAAGGAUUUUUAUGGUUGAUCAAACUCAAGGAAAUACAAGUAGAGUUAUUGGGACAUAUGGGUACAUGUCUCCCGAAUAUGUUAUGCAUGGCUUGUUCUCUGUAAAGAUAGAUGUUUUCAGUUUCGGAGUUCUACUUUUGGAGAUUAUAACGGGAAAGAGAAACAAUUCUUUGUUCAUGCAAUCAACUGGAGCUAAAGAUCUACUUAGCUAUGCUUGGAAACAUUGGAGGGAGGACAGAGCAUUAGAGAUGGUUGAUCAAAGUCUUGGAGGAUUGUAUUCUAGAAAUGAAGUGAUCCAAUGUAUCCAUGUUGGGUUGUUGUGUGUCCAAGAAGAUGUGGAUGAAAGGCCAACAAUGGCGAAUGUUGUGCUGAUGCUCAAUAGUUUUUCUGCAUCAAUGAAGACACCUAAUCCACCUGCAUUUUUCAACGGUGGAAUUGAGAAGAUUUCGGCCAGACAAGAAGCGGAUCAGUCUAAAAGCAAGUCACAGCCAUUGUCUGUGAAUGAAAUUUCCACUUCAGAGUUGUAUCCAAGAUAGUUAUAAGCAAAACGAAAAUACUUGGUGUACUCUACCCAAA